AUGGAUACAGAGGAGGAUAAUUUUGAUCUUUUUGAUAAAGGCAAAGCACCAGAGUUUCAGACUGGAAAUUACUCUAGUGAUGAAGGUGGGCCUGGAGAAACUAAGGAAAGUAUGGCACCAGCUCCUGUCACCUCAAUUUUACCUCUUUCACGACGAGAAGAAGACCUUGCUAAAAAGGAUCGUUCUUUAGCCGAAUUUCUCUUAGUUAUUCCUGAUGCUGUGACAGAAUAUUAUUUAGCGAGAUCAGGAUUUGCUUGUGAUGAUAUUCGCGUGAAGCGACUAAUGGCUUUGGCCGCUCAAAAAUUCAUUUCAGAUAUUGCUACUGAUGCAUUCCAGUAUUGUAAGAUUCGUGCGCAAAGUAAAAAAGCGCUUGGAAAGCGCAACAAAACUGUGUUAACUUUGGAUGAUCUCUCGGCCGCACUUUCUGAAUAUGGGAUUAACAUCAAAAAGCCAGAUUAUUAUCGUGCAUAA